ACAACAAUAUUAAAAACAGCUGUCAAUGUUGUAACGAAGCGGCGUUGGACUUAAACAAAGGGCUAAAUUUUUAUUAUCAAUUUACUAUUCCUUUAAAAAAAAAUACACAAGUGAAAGUCGAUAAAAAUAUCACCGCCUCAACAAGUUUUCACGCGUAUUCUUGAAAAACUUGCGAUAAGAAUCAAGAUAUAUUAAAAAAUAUUAAAUUGUGUGUUUAUCAAAAAAAUUGAAUAAUGGAUCAAAAAAAUUGUAAUGUUAAAUAUCCACACAUAGAUCAACAAAUAAAAACUCUUAUUGAUGUUUCCGAGAGAGUCUCAGAUACCGACAUUUUCAUUGAAAUUGCUAUUGAUCGAUUUAAUACAAAAAUUGAGCGUUCAGCUUCUCCAGAAUUUAUACGUAGAUCACUUGUAUUAUUCAAUAGAGAAGAAUCAUUCGAAGCUCGUAAAAAAUACUGGAGCUUUGUUGCUCAAAUGAUCAUCAGCAGAAGAAUCACACUUUCUUUAUUCCAAUCAGAGUAUUGUCAAAUGUUAGAAGAAACAACAGGCAAGGACAUUGAAUUCAAUGUAUUAUGGAUUUACAAAGCUGAAAUACUGAAAACAUUGAUAAUUCGUGGUGCAUAUCCAUUGAAAAACUUGAUAAGAACAACAUCAGGACUUAAAAAAAGAGGGCUUGUUGGUAAACUUGUUGGAAAUUUACUAAAAAUCUUGGUAGAAAGUGAAGGUAAAACAUUAAUUGCUGAAAAAUGGAAUGAAAGCGGUAUUGAAUGGAAGGAUUUAUUUGAUAAAUCACUUGAAGAUCCAGAUGAUAUCAUGUAUGCUAAUGAUUUACAAUUUUUAACAAUUGGUGAAACAGACCAACUAAGCAAACGAUUAUUAAAAUUAUUACGUGAAAGUAGUCCUCAUGAUAAAGCUUGGAAAAAUUGGGUAACAAAAAAUGUUGUUGAAGAAAAAAUAAAAGAACCGAAAUUCGUCAGAAUACUUUUUACAGCAAUAUUAGAAUCUGGUAUUGACUCAAAAGAAAGUUCCAAAUACUUUUUUGGUGAAAUGAAUUUUUAUCAACCAACUUGUUCACAAUUUCUUUUACCUAUUAUAAAGGAUUAUAUUGGUUCUAAUUUUGAAUCAGAAUUACAAUGUUUAUAUGCAUUGACUGAUGUUAAUUAUAAAUACGGCAAUCCUCCAGGUUUUGUGUAUGAUAUUAUUAAAGAACUACAUGAAAAGGAUAUUAUAUCAGUUGGUGCAAUUUUAGCAUGGCAUGCUGGUACAAAUCACAAACCAGCUGAGUUGUUGGGCCAUCGUGAAGCGGUCAUGAAUCUUCUCAGUAAACCAUUUUCUUUCAAGUUCGAAAAUAAUGAUGAUAAACAGCAGAGUACUUCAUCAAAAGAAAAAAAAAAAUAAACAAUCAAUAUCCGUCGUAUAUACCUAAACAUAAGUAUACAAAAGAAAUGCCCAGUCGGUUUUUAUGUUAAAAUUAUAUCUUAAAAUGUUUGUAUUUCAA